UGGUUCUUCCAAGGCAUUCUAGGUGCCCGUGUGCCCUCACUCUUGCCAGCUUCUUCCCUGCAGGUUUCAGCCAUGUGGCUCUACCUGGCUGCCCUGCUGGGGCUUUACUUCCUUCGCCGAUGGUACAAGGAGAGACAGACGGUGGAGAACCUGACGGAGAAAUAUGUCCUCAUCACCGGCUGUUCCUCUGGCUUUGGGAACCACCUUGCCAGGCAUCUGGAUGCCCGGGGUGUUAGGGUGUUGGCAACUUGUACCACACAGAAGGGGGCAGAGCAGCUGGAGAAAGUCACCUCCAAGCGCUUGAAAACCACCGUUCUGGAUGUCACCAGUACAGAGAGCGUUGCGGCAGCGACGGAGUGGGUGAAGGAGCAAGCAGGAAGCAAAGUUUACCAGCUUCCUCAUGAGACUAUCACGGGGGACUUUGUCAAAAGCCUUACUGAAAUCAAGAUGUACUAUGUCCACUAUGUCCUGAUCCACCAAACACGUUAUUGGUUUGGAGAACUGCAUCAGAAAAUUCAGAAAGGCGAGAAUCUCAAAGGAUACCUACGUUUCAGUUUGUAUAUUGUUUCAGAAAAUGCCAAUUGCGGAAUUUUUGCAUUAAAGUGCAAAGGGAGCUUGAAAUGUGGCAUGGGGUAA